CCAUUUUUAUAUAUGGCAUCAAAAAUAAGACAUGACAUUUUUGUAAACAUGGCAGACGAAAUUUCGGCACCUGUAGAAAUUAAAUCUGUUGAUGAAGAAAACUCAUGUGAAAAACCAAAAAUAAGUUCUCUUGUUACUCAACUUACUGAAGAUUAUUCUAAGUACCUCCAAGUAAAUGCAGCAUCUGAAAAAGCUGUAUUGAAUGAUGAAGUGGAAGACAUACUUACUCGUUUAGAUGAGUUUACAUCACUUGUUGAUAUGGUUAGAGGAGAUAAUGCAUUAUGCCUCAAUCAAACUCUGCCAGAAAUUUAUAAAAAAUAUGAAGAGAUGGAGACUACUUUCCAUAAAAUUGAUAGGUUAGAGGAAAUGCUCAAAGUUGUUAAGCAGAAUCUGGAUGUUUUGGAGGAGAAAGUAAAUGUUGCAGAAGAGCAAUUAGAGAGUAGUUCUGUAAAAAAGCUAUUUAAUACUCUACAAAAACCUUUGUUUUCAAAAAAAACCAAUGAACCAAAGAAGAACAUAAAAUAUGAGCCACCUGAAAUAUUUAAAGCUGAAGUAUUCUUUUCCGAUUCUACCCAAAGUAAUGAGAAUUCUGCAAUCACUCCGUGAGACUUAUUUUGUUAGAAAACAAACCUGUGAUUUCUUCAUUUAUGAUCCAAUCAACAUCAUUAAAUUUGAAGUCAGCCUGCCAUUACCAUCAUUACAAUGCCAAGACCAAGAAUGUACAAAGUUGUUUUGUUGUAAAAUUUUUGUGAUGUAAGCCUUAAUCCUUUUGACGUAAUAAAAUUGCUUUUGCUUAAAA